CGCUCUGGGGCCUGCCACCCAAAGAUGGGCGAUGGCGGGUGGAUCUCGCUCAGCCCCACCGAGUUUGCCCAGCUCCAGCAGUAUACGGACUACUCCACCAAGAAACUCAAGGAUGUCCUGGAGGAGUUCCACGGGGAUGGCGUCCUCGCGAGGUACAACCCUGAACAGCCCAUCGACUACGAGGGCUUUCGCCUCUUCAUGAAGACCUACCUGGAGGCAGACGUGCCCGAGGAGCUUUGCAAACACCUCUUCACCUCCUUCAAGCGUAAGAUAUGCCAUGUCUCCCCCGAGACCCAGAGCCAGAGCCCCGGCAUCUCGCAGCUCAACACCCUCGAGCCCAAGUCUCUCGAUGCUGGCACCUCCAUCCAGACCGAGGUGGCCUGUGCCCCUGUCACAGGGAUCAACGGGAAAACGCUCCUAAGUGCCCUGGGACGACACACUCCAGAGCCCAAGAGCUGCCACAGCAACACGGCUGAGCCCCAGCCAGCAUCCCUCACCCCAGCAUCGAUCCCCAACGCCUCUCCCAGCUGGUCCAGGUCGUCCUCCCAGAAGUCCACCACUGGCACCCCUUCUGCUCACAACUCCUCAGGCUCUUCAAAGAUCUCUUCUGGGUCCCUGCUCAGCCCUCAGUCACCAGGCACAAAAAGUGUGGAGAAGAGGUUACCCUUCAGCCUGAGGAAGAGCCACAGCUCCCUGAAAGCUGCUCCCCCGCCACCCCCCACCCCCAUGGCCCAGGUGGUUCACCUGAAGGACAUCGUCUGUUACCUGUCCCUGCUGGAGAGGGGACGGGCAGAGGACAAGCUGGAAUUUAUGUUUCGCCUCUACGACACUGAUGGAAACGGCCUCCUGGACAACUCGGAGCUGGAUCGUAUCAUCAACCAGAUGGUGCACGUGGCUGAGUACCUGGAGUGGGAUUCCACUGAGCUGAAGCCCAUCUUGAAGGCGAUGAUGGAGGAAAUUGACUACAACCACGAUGGGACUGUGACGCUGGAGGAGUGGAUCCGGGGUGGCAUGACCACCAUCCCCUUGCUGGUCCUGCUGGGGAUGGAGACGAAUGUGAAGGAUGACGGGCAGCAUGCCUGGAGGCUGAAGCACUUCAAGAAACCUGCCUACUGCAACUUCUGCCGCACCAUGCUGCUGGGGGUCCGCAAGCAGGGCCUCUGCUGCUCCUUCUGUAAGUACACCGUCCACGAGAGGUGUGUGUCCAAAGAUAUCGCCUCCUGCAUCAGCACCUACGUGAAAUCCAAGAGAAACACGAGUGUGAUGCAGCACACCUGGAUCGAGGGCAAUUCCCCCGUCAAGUGCGACAGAUGCCACAAGAGCAUCAAAUGCUACCAGGGCAUCACCGGCCUGCACUGUGUCUGGUGCCAAGUCACUCUCCACAACAAAUGUGCCUCCCAUGUGAAGCCGGAGUGUGACGGGGGCCCACUGCGGGACCACAUCUUGCUGCCUUCCUACAUCUGCCCUGUCGUCCUGGACAGGCAGUCCCACUGCCAGAGAUCGGAGAGCGAUUCCCCUGGCAGCACCAGCCCCGAGGACAACCAGGGCUUCAAGUUCAACUCCGCCACGGUGGAUGGGCAAGGUCUGCAGAUCAGCCCCCGGCCUGGGACGCACCCCCUCCUCGUGCUUGUGAACCCCAAGAGUGGAGGAAGGCAAGGGGAGCGGGUCCUCCGAAAAUUUCACUACCUUCUCAACCCACGCCAAGUGUACAACCUGGACCGCGGCGGGCCCACACCAGGGCUGAGCUUCUUUCGGGACACUCCGGAUUUCCGCGUCCUAGCCUGCGGAGGGGAUGGCACGGUGGGCUGGAUCCUGGACUGCAUAGACAAGGCGAACUUGGUGAAGCACCCGCCAGUGGCUGUCUUGCCCCUGGGAACGGGCAAUGACCUGGCCCGGUGCCUGCGCUGGGGAGGAGGCUAUGAGGGAGGAAACCUGAUGAAGGUCCUGAAAGACAUUGAGCACAGCACGGAGGUGCUGCUGGACCGCUGGCAGAUAGACGUCAUUCCCAGCGACCGAGAGGCCAACGGAGACCCUGUCCCAUCCACCAUCAUCAAUAACUACUUUUCCAUCGGGGUGGAUGCCUCCAUCGCCCACCGCUUCCACGUCAUGCGAGAAAAGCACCCUGAGAAAUUCAACAGCAGAAUGAAGAACAAGCUGUGGUACUUUGAAUUCGGGACAUCGGAAACCUUUGCGGCCACCUGCAAGAAGCUCCACGACUACGUUGAGGUGGAGUGCGACGGGACCCUGCUAGACCUGAGCAAUGCAUCCCUGGAGGGCAUCGCCGUCCUCAACAUACCCAGCAUGUACGGAGGCUCCAACCUCUGGGGCGAGACCAAGAAGCAGCGCAGUUACAACCGGCUGGGCAAGAAAGCGCCGGAGAAGCUGCAUGCCACGGUGGUCACUGACGCCAAGGAGCUCAAGUUCUGUGUCCAGGACCUCAGUGACCACCUCUUGGAGGUGGUGGGGCUGGAGGGCGCAAUGGAGAUGGGGCAGAUCUACACGGGGCUGAAGAGUGCUGGGAAGAGACUGGCCCAGUGUUCGUCUGUCACUAUCAGGACAUCCAAGCUGCUGCCCAUGCAGGUGGACGGGGAGCCCUGGAUGCAGCCAUCCUGUACCGUCAAAAUUACACAUAAAAGCCAAGUGCCAAUGUUGCUGGGCCCUCCACAGAAGAGCAGCUUCUUUUUCCUGAAGAGGAGAAACCGAACUCGAGAUUAAGCAGCACGCAAGGAGCCGUGGCCCAGAGACACCCGGCGACCCGGACACCUGCCUGCUGCGGGGGUUUCCCAAAUCUCUGCUCUGUGGUGGGGAGAGAACACACCCCCUCAAACCUGGUGGGGAUGAUGUGUCCUGGGAAGGUCUUGGAGGCUCCUUCCCAACCACCACAAGCGUCUUCUCCAGACAGGAUGGAAGCGGUGGGCGAAGGCAAGCUGAUGCACGGGGAGCAUGUUCACAAGAGCAGCGCUAGGACUUUUGGUUUUGUUUUUUUUUCUUUAUUUAAAUAACACCCCCCACCCGCCCUGGCAGAGCUGCAGAUGAACGUGCUCCUGAGAAAAUGCUAAGCUUCUCUUAUUUAUUUUUAAUCCUCUUGAAGGACACUCAAUGUUUUGCUGCACUGGCUUUAUGUCCACCAACCCUUGCACAUUGGAGAAGUUAUUUAUUUUCUUAGCCUAGAGGAGACGGUCUCUGCCAUGCCUUCGGCUAGCACUUCUGGAAUGGGUUUUAAGCAGAUGCAAAGACAGCCUUCACUGCCAGCCCUGGGAGCUGUGAGGUGUGCGACAGAUUGGGGACAGACAGUGCCUGGGCCAUGAGGUCAAGUGCAGGGUGGAUGGGAGGAGACUGUUUUUAUGUGGAAACGGCAAAAAAUGGAUUUUGAGGGGAGCUGCUAAUCCUGGGAAACCCCCACGACCCGGCUCUCAGCUUCUUGUUCAUAUUUAUGUAUUUAUUUAGCAAACUUUGAGGGGACCUUGGAGGUCACCUUUUUUUAUGAGCCCGGGUUGGACACGAAUGCCACAUCCCUUCUCUGCUGGCUGUCCCCCAUGGCACCUCCUUCCACAUGGACUUUCCUCUCUCCUAAAGCCUGCCAGCCUGCACUAUGGGCUGAGGACCCUGGGGACAAACAUCCAGAAGCACUUCUCACUUGGAAGUGUCCACCUCAAUUUUUUUACACAUUUUAUGUGCUUUGCCAGGCCCGUGCUCUCCUGGCAGCAACCAGUGCUGCCUCUGAUGCUUCUGGAUGGCUGCAGGGAGCGGGGAAGAGCUGUUGCACCUCAGUUUCUGCAUGGCCAUGUCUCCCCUGACCCACUCCAAAGCCGAGGAGCUUUGCAGAUGCUGCUGCCAGACCCUGCCUGCACAGGCACCCACCACUCGCCACCCUGCCGCUCCUUGUCUCCUCACCCAACCGGCCACUGGAGUCCAGCCAGGGGGAUGGACCGGGGACCCAUGUGACCCCAACCAGGUGCAUGGGGACAGACUGAGGGACACAGCUUCUCCACAAGAUGUGACUGAGACCAGAAAAUGGAGGAAUGCACAGAGGAGGUGGUGGUCUGGAUGUGUGCCCCACUUCAUUGUGCUCCCAGGAGCCAGAAGUUGGCAGGACUGGCCCUUGGAAAGGGGUGCUGGUUGCUUCUGCAGGCACCCACUGCCUCCUGUGGGGGCCCUGUCGGGGGGCACACCAGGCUCCCAAAUGAGCCCCCGCUCUCAGGCAGCUCCUUUGGAUCUGAUGGAGGCCCCUGUGCUGCUGUGAACAAGCCCGGAGUGACACAUACCCAUGGAUGUUGCUGCAAAUAGGAAAACCACUGCUUGUCCUUGCUGUGCCCCUCCCUAGGGCAGGGAGCCCCAGUGGGACAGGCCACCCUGCUGACCCAGGGAGGACAGGACAGGCCCGGUCCCUCCUCAUGCUGCAAGUCCCCGUUGAAUAGUAUCACCCUAGCAGUGCAGAGGGUGCUGCCAUCAUUAAGUUUCAGGGUUCAUCACCCUCCCCAAGCAGGGACAGUGUUGUUAGGCGCCUGUUGAAGCUUGAGGCUGUUUCUGACAGCAGCCGUAGGGCCCUGCUGACAUGGGAGGAGGCGGCAGUGCCCCAGGAGAGCCCCAGCCUGGGCUCCAGCCCACAAGUGUCCCUCAGCCAGGGUGCAGGAGGAGGCUCCGGUGGGCUGCCACAGCUCCCUCUCCUCCUGCCCUCAGCACCAACAUCAGGCAGGGCAAGGGCGAGCUGGUGGGGAGGAGCUCACUGCAACAUGACGCCCAGGAAUAGGAAAGUACCGGAGGCAGCCAAGAAGCCAGGAGGAGGGGGGCCUGCGCCGCAAAGCGAGCAGGAGUGAGCACAGGCCUGGCCGGUGGGUGCAGAGAUCAACGCAGCUUACCAGAGCCAUGACCUGUGGACAUGGGCACACUCCACCCACGGUGCAUAAAUCUACCCUCCUCUUCAUCAUCACCCGGGGCAGCUGUUAAUGAGUAGCCAGGUGAAAACAUGGGAGCUAGGCCAAAUAAACCCAGGGACCAGCAGCCUCCAUUUCCCCAGCCCUACCCCCAACAGCAGCUGUGCCUCGCAGCCCCCACGCUUGGGGAGGGUGAA